AUGGACGAAGCAGUUGAAGCAUGCUUUAGAAACACAAUAUCUGAGAUAACAUGCCUUGUGGACAAAAAUCAAGAGCAUUUUCUCUUGUGCGGACUCGACCACGACAUACUUUCCAUAGUUGUCGGACUGGUGAAGAGGCAUGCACAGAAAAGAAACAGGACAGUUGUGGAGGUCCUUCCAACGACUCCAAAGGACGAAAAUCCUGAUGGAAAAGUUUUUUUUAUUGCUAUAAACGACGAAAUGCCGAUCUCCUUCCAGCUGCAUAUAUAUCAUUACCUUGAAAAAGCUAGAAAGAAUUCCUGCUGUCUAGUCCUUGUAUCGACGUCUUGCACUUUUCUAGACAGACUGGAAAGACGAGUCAAGUCGAGAUUCAACCACCGAGUCUUUUUCAUAGGCUUUCUUCCCUUCGAGUCAUACAAAGCAUUAUAUAUCCAACUAACAGGGACAGGGCGAUCCGAAGAGAUCCAAAGACAAUAUAGCAUCGACCCAAGCAUUUCGGCUUUAUCGAAAAGAAUAAUUGCAAAGAAAUACGGCAUCCCGGAGUAUACCAUAGAAACCCUGUAUUCCCUGUUUAACCCGAUUCACAUAACACUUAUCCUGAUAGCAUUUAGGAGGAGGAUAAAGUACAUCAAUUGUGUAUCUGAGUUCCGAGCAUUUACGUCUGAUGUCAAUGAACUCAGGGGCGUAACAAGCAUGGAGAUUCUAUCCUACUAUCUCGACAUCCUUGACUCAGGGGUUAUAGACAAAGAAGGCUGCCUGCUUGUAGACUCGUGUAGUUUCAAAAGACAUGUAUCCAGCACUAGGCCCUUGUAUCUGAAAAACCUGAUGUAUAGAACCCUGUAA